GAGCAUGCUGAGAGAGGGAGGAGGGAGCAGGGGGCUGAGCUGAUCCCACGUGUGACGCUUUCAUUCCCGGCUCAGUAAUAUUCUCAUAGCGGGGCUUUGCAUAUCUCCUGCCGUAUCUGUGUGUGUCUGUCACUGUUACUGUAGUCCCAGCCUAUAGUUUGGAAUAGAUAUGGAAGGAGACGGGAGUCAAGCCACAUCCGGAAGCCUAAAUGAUUCACAACAUGACCCGGGUAAAAUGUUUAUCGGUGGCCUCAGCUGGCAAACCUCACCAGACAGCCUUAGAGACUAUUUUAGUAAAUUCGGAGAAAUAAGAGAAUGUAUGGUGAUGAGAGACCCCACGACAAAACGCUCAAGAGGAUUUGGGUUUGUUACGUUUACAGAUGCUGCCAGUGUAGAUAAAGUCUUAGCUCAACAGCACCAUGAAUUAGACUCAAAGACGAUUGAUCCUAAGGUUGCCUUUCCCCGUCGCGCCCAGCCUAAGAUGGUCACAAGAACAAAGAAAAUAUUUGUGGGUGGCUUGUCAGCCAAUACAGUAGUGGAAGAUGUGAAGCAGUAUUUUGAACAGUUUGGGAAGGUUGAUGAUGCCAUGCUUAUGUUUGAUAAGACUACUAACAGACAUAGAGGAUUUGGUUUCAUAACUUUUGAGAGUGAAGACAUCGUAGAGAAAGUCUGUGAAAUUCAUUUUCAUGAAAUCAAUAACAAAAUGGUAGAAUGUAAGAAGGCCCAGCCCAAGGAGGUGAUGUUCCCACCAGGUACACGAGGGCGAGCCAGGGGCCUGCCCUACACCAUGGAUGCCUUCAUGCUGGGGAUGGGCAUGCUGAGUUACCCUAAUAUUGUGGCAACAUACGGCCGCGGAUACACUGGAUUCGCACCCAGCUACAGCUACCAGUUCCCUGGCUUCCCAGCGACAGCAUAUGGACCGGUGGCGGCAGCGGCAGUAGCAGCAGCGCGUGGCUCAGGUAGGGGGGCCCGUGGAAGAGGCGGCUACUUGGCGUACCCACAGAGCACAGGGCCAGGCCUCCCCGAUUAUGGGUUUUACUCUGCGCCCAGUGACCAGAGGGGGGGGCCCUGCUCCUUUGCUGACUAUGGCUCCCUGGGGCCCCAAGCGGCUCAGAUGCUGCACAGUGAGCAUGCCACCUCCGCCUGCAACUCCCCCCUACAGCACCUACACAGCCCGGAUCAAUUUAAGAACCCAGGCACCAACCCGUCAAGGCCCGGAGGUUUCCCUGGUGCUAACAGUCCAGGGCCUGUGGCUGACCUGUAUGGACCUAGCAGCCAGGAUUCAGCUGUGGGCAACUACAUCAGUGCUGCUAGCCCUCAGCCUGGCUCUGGGUUUGGCCCCAGCAUCACAGGCCCGUUGAUUGCGACAGCUUUUACAAAUGGAUACCAUUGAACAGGUGGCCGGUUGCCAUCUCAUCAGAGCAGAGUAUAUCUGGUGGCCCAGGAAAGACAGGACGAAGUUUCUAAUUGGCUUUGUGUGCAGGUGAUGCUAAUCCAACUUCAAGCACUACAGCGUCACCCAGGCAAAAUGAACGAAAGUGGGAACCAUAUGAAGAAGAAAAGAACACGUUAGUCAUCUCAGAAAAAUAACAACUGCUGUACUAUAAUCCAAACCUCCUAUAACUUUACAACCUGGUUUGGUAUGAUGUUUCACGUCGAGUUCAUUCACCUAUUUCUUUCCUCUGUUUUUGUUUUGAUUAGUUUUUAGCGAGUCAUUUUAGUUGAACCUUAAUUUUGUGUCAUUUAAAUCUUUUUUUCCUCUGUCUCUCUCUUCUAGUAUUGUUGUGUAAAUGGAUUUUAUUUUUAUUUUUUUUUUCCGUUUGAAGUACGGGGGAAGGGGAGGGAGGGGGUUGAUAGCCAAGAAUAUCUGCAAGUCAUGUCUUCAUCUUUGUUAGUGUAAAGGAUUUAAAAAAAGGUCGGGAUGUUCCAUUUCAGUCUUUCCUGCCCCAACAAAAAAAGAAGCUCAAGGUGGGAAGACUUGGAGAAAAAAAAAAUCAAUUUUAAAGGAAAAAUUUAAAGAAGGUAUCUAAGUAAUAAAUCUUAGUAGCUGUUUUAUUUCUUGUGAUGUCUCAUUGUUAACCAUAAUUACCUAUUUUUGGGCAAUACAAAGAGGACUCCAAUAUUUUUAUGGUCCUUUUUUAUAAGUGUUGUUUUUGUUGUUUAGAAAUAUAUAUAUAUGCUAUAACAAAUUUCAUAUAACUACAUUGUGAAUUCAAACUUGAGAAAAAGAAAUGUAGCUGUACAUAUUAUUCCAGUCACUGCAUAUAACCAACUCAGUGAGAGAAUAGCAUAUUUUUGUGAUGGUGUGUCAAAAGAACAUGUUAUAGCGUGUGAAUAGAAGAAAAAGCUGUAAACAGUUAUUAUUCUACUUUUUCUGCUGGAAGACGGUAUAACGAAGCCCACAGACAAACAGAACACACUUGCUCUGUAAAUACCGAAGCUGAAUAAUUUUACAAGUGUCAUACCAGCAAAUUUACAAACCGGUGAUUAAGUCAACACAGUUUUGAGAAGUAAUAAUAAUAAUAAUAAUGAAAAAAAUUUAAAAAAAAAGAGCCUGAUUGGUAUCUUUUUUUGUCUAACUGUUCAAGAUAUCAUUUCAAAGAGAAAGAGGAAGAAGAAGAAGAAGAAAAAAAAGAUGAUUUAAUCCAAAGCACACUGUACUUAGAUGUGAAGAUUAGAACUUGAACCAGGCAUUUUCCAGUGCUCUGUGCAUCCGGACACUUUUAUACUCUUGAGAGGAACUUGUUAGCUGUACGUUAAUGUUUGUUUCAUCCUGCUUGUUCCUGAUUCAUUUCUUUUCUGGAACACGAUAACCUGGGCUCCGUGCUCGAGCCUUUUAUGUACUGCUUGUUCUCUGAAUCAGUUCUUUUUUGAAUGAAUUAGGAAAGUAAACAUUUUGAUACCAUACCUCAGCCUUUGUGAGCUCUAUUGUGGAAUCAUUGGCAGGUUUUUAAUUUAUUCUAGUGGCAAAAACAAAUGAAAACACUGAAAGGUAAUUAAGCAAGUAAUCAUUGCACUGUGAGUAGUAAAGUACAGGCCAUUUUUUUCCUAUUUGCACAUGUAUAUGUUGGCUUUUUUAAAACGGCCCUGUGCUUUGGGAUAGUAUGAAGGAUUUCGGGGGUUAAUGUAUUCUGGACUAGACAAACACUUCAGCGUGCUGAGGUGAAUUAACAGAUUGGGAAAUAGUAACUGAUAUGUUGCAGUGCACACUUGGAUUUCUUUAUAUAUUUAGACCCAUCUGAGGAUAUUUAUACAGGGUCAAAAGAUGACACUGAAUUAUUCACUAUCUGUCGCUGCACCGAGUUUUACACAGUAUGUGUGAUUAAUGGUUUUCCUCUUGACAACGAUUUAAUAAUAAUAAUGAUAAUAAUAUGCUCCAGAGUGCAGUCUGGGUUUUAAAGUCAUCGAUGCCGCUGCAGAUGUUUUAUUUUGUUGUUUUCAUUUUACCCACCUGUUGUCUGAUUUCUUUUUUUUUUCUUUGAAAACAACCAGGUAAAGAAAUAUGCUGGAUACUUCUAAAGUAAAAAUGACAUGGAGGUGUGAUCAAGUAAUAAUUUAAAGAGUAAAGAGAAAAAAAAAACCUUGUACUGUUCAAAUGUAAAAGAAAAUACAAAACUAUAAAAAAAAGAAAGAUGCUUCUUUGCUGAUUUCAAGUUUAAUCAGAGUUUUAUUGAUACUUUGUGGUUUAUAUAUUAAUAAUUGUAAUAUACUAUUAAAAUGUACUGUGCAUCCAUUACUUUCUCUUUUUCCAUUCCCCAUCCUCAGAGAUCCUACUAUCUUUUGUUGAUCAUUCAUGUAUUUCAUUAGUGUGUAAAGAAAUCACAGUUAACUUGUAAACAGAGUGCUGUCUUUGAUACCAGUGUAGUGCUCUUUGUUGUUCUCCCUUUGCUCUACCUCUCCUUUCUCUCAUAUUUACCCCUCUCCCUCUCGCGCUCUUUUUCUAUCUCCUGUAAUUACAACGUAGAUGUUAUAUAGGACUCAUUAAUAUAAUACUUGUAGUGAAUAGUGGAUUUAGGACCAGUCAAGAUAGACCUUUCUCUCAAUGAUCAUGUUACUCUAAUAUUUGCAGACAAUUAUUUUGUUAGAGGUUCACUGUAAUUUAUUCCCUGUAUGUUUUAUUUUUGAUUUUUUGGUUCGGUUUUGCCACUCUCACAUGGUUUCAAGCUAACCAAAGCUCUCAUGGAUGAACAAUGGAGAAAUAGUUGCUGUAAGAUGGAAUUGUACACAAGGCAUUAUUUGGAUCCCCACCCUUGAAUGUUUUUAAAGGGGUGUGCCAUACUACCUUAAAUGCUAACGCUAGAUAUGCAAAACUUUUAUUUUGGAUUAUUUUUUAAGAGGGACACAAGCUCAAAUCAUGGAGAGGAAAAAAAACAAGAUUUUAUGUAAAAAAAAAAUCAUAUUUUUUUAAGAAGCAUACCAGUGAUUUUACCACAGUAGUCAUAAUAUCAGUCACAGAGAAUCUCUUCUAUCUUUUAAUGUUUGUACACUUUGGAAAUAUCCCGUCCGCCUCUGGCUUGGUUAUUUUUAGAUAAUACUCUUUCUGAUCUCUCAUUUUUCUCUCAGAACUGCUAAUGAUAAAAAAAUAAGAAAGAUUUUAAUCUUCGAUUCUGGGGAACUACUUUAUUUUUUUGUUAUAAUCUCUUAUCAAUGUCGCUCACACCACAGAGGCAUUACUGCACAAAGACUGCGGUUAAAGGAAUAUUAGCAGGUGUUAAAGGAUGCCGAGUGUGUCCAGGCUGAUUAAUAGAUGCUUAAAUUCACGUCCUGAGCUGGACCCUGAAGCUGUGGCUUGAAAAGAUUCUAUUAAAACCUGAAUUUCAAUGCCUCCAAAUCCCAUGUCCGAGGCUGAACGCAAUUCAGCUGUUUCCUGCAAAAACAAACCUAUUAGGGAGCCAGUUUUCAGUGCAAUUUCAAUUACAAGUAAUCUGUGUUUUAUAUCAGUUAUUUAAUUCACUUCACCUCAUUGGAUCUUCAAAUUGAGUACUGUUAGCAUUACAUUACUGUUAAUAAAUGAGCAUUAGUGUAAUUAUUCUUCUCAACCAGUACAGUCUGUCAGAAUCCAUACAGCGUGUGGAGCACAUGGCAGCUUUGUCAGUGAUACACGAAAUAUUCUGCAGUGAAUCCAGUGAGCUGACAGGACAUUGUGCUACUGAAAAACAGAACACAUUGAACAAUACAAGAUGAAUACAGUAUUUGAAGUGUAUAAAAAACAUGAAUUAAUAAUAUAGUAUUAAGUCUUUGCUCCCCACAUUAUACAUUUUAGUGCAGGAAGUAUCUCAACAAUAAAUGGAACAUAAAUCACUCAUUUAAGUGUACUUUAAUUUUUAUUCUGGCGAGAUUAAAGAAAGUGUUCCUCCUGUUCAUUUGCAGCAUUAUUCCUUGAAUUUAACUGACCUUUUUUUUUUUUUUAUUGAAUACCAAACCCGACACAAACUGAUACAAGAAGCUCAUUAGGAGCUGUAGUCAAUUCCAAUUUUGUUGCCGUUUCAUCUAAAAAAAAAAACAUGCAACCGUGCAACAAGAAUAAAAUAUAUUGUUUUGCUUUUUGUUCACUCUUGUGCUGCCCUUAGACUAUAAUUAACCAUUUUUCACUGAGGAAAAAAAACACAAAAAGCGAAGAAGAAGCUUGAAAUGAAACCAUUUUCCCUCACACAAUAUAAAGAAUCGACUCCGUUAUUGUUUUGUGAUCCUGUAGCUUGGACUUUAAGGUAGCAUGGCUCUGUUGCUGUAAUUUCAUUUUAUCUCAAAACUGACAGCAGUUUACAGCUGAUGAAUGUUACACAUCUUAGUAGACUAGCUUAUCCAUUUGGGGAGAGGGGAGGGGUCUUGGUUUAAGAAAAAAAAAUAAUCAAAAAAGAAAAAAAGUCAACCUGAAAGGUGUUGACAUUUGUAGUGUACUACCGUAUCCAUUUAAACUUGAAUCUUGAGGCAAGUGCUAGGCAAUGGCCAAACAAAUAUCUCCCAUCCGUCGUGGGAAAACCACCACCCUGAAAGCACACGAUGCUUAUGAGAUUUCUGUCAUCUUGGAUUCACGAGUGUUUUCUGAAUAUGAACCACUGCCUCUGAAAAAAAGUAAAAAAGCUGGGAUAUGAUGCAAAGACUUUUCUUCAGGCUCUGCUCUAUUUCCAAUGAAUUAGACUGACUUUGAAGGCUAAUUGAAUGUUCUUGACAUUUCUAUCCAAAAGAGGCUUAUUCACAGUGGUGCUAAUGGUUUUAAACCAGACAAUGUGCCCUUAUCUCUGAGAGAUACUGGAUACUGUCACAGUGACCACAAAGUUAGUCUCCCGACCCAUGAAGGGACUCUCGCUAACAUUUGCUAUUUAUAGUUCCGGCCUCUCUUCUUUCAGGAUAGAACGAAGACCAGUUCAUGUUCACAAAUCUGAACUCCCCAAGGUGACAGAAAUAGCACGAGUUCAACUGUACUGUCGUGUUUUCGGGUGACUUUCCCCCCUUCAGUCCAAACCAUUGCCAUCUCACCCAUGCUCAUUACUAAAUAUAUACAUACAAUUGCAAUAUAUAUAUAUAUAUAUAUAUAUAUAUAUGUAUGUGUGUGUGUGUGUGUAUAGAUGAAUAUAUAUUUGCAAUUUACACUCAUUUGAACUUGUCUGAAUAAUAUUAGACUGGAGACCUCAGCUGUAUACAGAAAAUCCCUCACGCAGCUACACCCAGGUUCAUAUAGUGGAUUUGUCAUUAUUAGCGUACCAACACAAGAGUUCACCCCUGGCGUGUUGUCGAGUUUGGAGCAGACCGCAUGGCCAUGAGGGGAGCCUGGAAGCUCUUCAGACUGCAUGGACGGCAGUGUGAGGCUCUGCUGUGCUUCCAUGUUUCUGCGGGCUGAGCACAGAGCUCUCUUCACUGCUGUCUGCCCAUUCCUAACACUUGCCCCUUUUUUUUUAUGUUAACCGACUUUUUAUGGCGAGAGACAGACAGACUUGACUGACAUCUGAAAGCAUCUUUCAGGUUAUCAUAUGGCUUGCUUAAGCCCUGUUGUAAAAUAUACUAAAAAUAAUAACGCUAAUAAUAAAUGGAUGGGGGUCUCUCACAUAUCAAAUGUGGAAAGUCUAAUUUUAUAUUUGUAUUUUCAAAUAAUAAUAUUGACAAAAAUGUCUGUGAAAGGUUUCCAUCCUCUACUGUGGUCCAGAAAUUGAUGUGUCUGUCUGGAAAAUAAAUAAAAUAAACUGAAUUGUUAUAUUA